GAAUUGUCAAAAACAAAACCCAACCCCCCACCUACUGAGCUCCUGACCUCCUCCAGCCUAGCUAAAGCAAGAUAAUCUAGGCCAUCUAGCUAUAUUGACGACGGGCCUUGUAUUUAAUUUGUAUGUGUAAGUUCUAGGAAAUUUAUUAGGUGUGCCAUAAUAUAUACAUAUAAUGAAUAAUUAGCUGCGAACAAGAGCGUUACAGUGACUUUGGAAUACGAACUACCUAUACGGAUACCUGCCGUAAUUCUGAUUGGUAUUGAGCCAAAGUGAUAUAAACAAACAAUAACAUGGAAGAUGAUGAGAUUGAACUAAUUAGCAGCGGUGAUAAUUUGCAAGAGGUAGCACGAGUCUUACAGAAAUUCAUCAAAAACAACGAGAGUACAUUUCUAUUUCCAAAUCUAGCUGAAAAUAACAAACGAGUGAUAUUGUGGGCUGCAUUGUUCCAACAUCUUCAAAAUAAGGCAUCUGCACCGAUUCAUACUCUCUGUUUAGCUGCCAUUAGAGUGCUGAGCAGAGACAAAUCAGAAAUUGAAAAUUUGAUUUGUGAAAAAUGGAUAACAACCUUAAUAGAGCAUGGAGGUCUGUACAAUUUCAUCGGUAUCAACGAAGAAAACAUGGCGCCUUUGGAGUUGCCACAGAAGGAUAUUGCCAUUGAGUCUUUGAAGUGUCUGUGCAACAUUGCUUAUAACAGUGAGGUCGCUCGUGCGCUCUGUGCACAUACUAGCAUAGCACAAAGUUUAGUGGCUAGACUCAGGAUUUAUAAAGACAUUCCCUUUAAAGAUGAAAUAAUGCUGUUUGACAUUAAGUUGCUGUUUAUCUUGACUGCACUGAGGUCGGAUAUAAAGACUAAGAUAAGAGAUGAGCUGCAUGGGCUGGAUUAUUUGGUGUGCUGUCUCAAUGAGCUGCUCAAGGAAGCCUCUCCUGCUACGGAGGCUAUGGAUCAGGAUCAACACCUUUUCUUUAGUGACAACCAGCAAGCCAUAGCCUGUGAGAUCCUCAAGUCAAUGUUCAACCUAAUCAUUCGGCCGGGCGGAGAGGAUGGUGACUCGGAGGCGGAUGAGGCCAUGUACCUAAAGCUGAUGCCCGUUCUGACCUCCCUGCUGUACACUCAGACUACUAACGAAGAGAAACUGAUGGAGUUGAGAAGCAAUGUUGCUAAUUUGUUGACAAGCGUGCCACCUCCAUAUUACGCAUAUCUGACCCCAGAACUGAACGCGGGGGAGACUGCAGAAUGCACAUUUGAGGGCAAAAACAUGGACGCCUUGCAGGCCCUUGUGCAGCUCUUACAGUACAGGCUGUCCAACACCACGAACACAAAGAGCCAAUGCGAGAAUCUAUCCCCAAUACUAACCGUGAUGAACAAAGCGGUGAGGACGCGCGCGGCGCGCAAGUGGCUCCGGGCGCGAGUGCUGCCCCCGCUGCGGGACGUGUCCCGGCCUCCCGAGAGGGGCAGCGAACUUCGUAACCAACUGUGCAGGCUGCUUACGACACCCGUCGGCACUAUAAGAGACUUGGUGGCUGAGUUCAUCUUCAUCAUGUGCAAGGAGAAAGUGGGCCGCAUGGUGAAGUACACCGGUUUCGGCAACGCCGCGGGGCACCUGGCGCAAAAGGGGCUUCUUGGAGCUCGCGGCGCCUCGGGCCGCUACUCGUCCUCCAGCGACGACAGCGAUACCGAGGAGUACCGCGCCGCCGCGCCCGCCAUCGACCCCGUGGUCGGCUGCACGAGACCGCCGCGACCUAACCCGUUCGAGGGGAUGACCGAUGAGCAGAAAGAGUACGAAGCGAUGAAGCUGGUGAACUUGUUCGACAAGAUGGUGUCAGAGGGCGUCGUGGUGCCGGCGCGAGUCGGCGCCGACGGCCGCCCCGAGCCGGUCCAACACGUGCUGGAACUGCGGGACCCGCCCAACCGUCCGCAGUCCUAGAUCGACUGCAGUCCGGAUUCAGACACCUGUGUGUAUUAAGAAAUUAAGUAAGGGAUCUAAACCUUCAUGAUUAUCACUCAUUAUUAUUUAGCAAAAUAGGGCUUAAUCAGAAAACACUCCGAGACAAACGGGACAACGUCGUCCUUGAACCGACGGAAGUAAAUUUAAGAAUAAAUUAUACGCCAUUAAGUCUCGUUUUGCUAAAUAUGUACUAGUAAGCAUGGGUAUCUGUUACAUUUUGGUGCCGUGACUAGGAUACUUUAACAACUCUGCUGCAGAAUGCACCUUUUUUUUUAAUACCACGUUGGUGGCAAACUGGUAUACGGCCCGCCUGAUAGAAAGCGGUCACCGCAACCUAUGGACGCCUGCAACGCAAGGGGUGUCACAUGCGCGUUGCCGACCCAUUAGGAACGUCUACACUCCUUUUUUGAAGAACCCCAUACUGUAGUUCAUCGGGAAUACCAACUUGGACGUCCAACUUUGGUUAUUUAUUCAUUUAAAUUAAUAUCAGUCAAAGACUAGUGCGCUGUGCUGGUGCCGCGGAAUUCCGACCAAAUGGAUCGUUACACUCGACUAUCUCAUCAUUGGUACGCUAAAAAUUUCCAUUAUGUUUCACGGCCUUUACUUGAAUUACCUACAGCUACUCAAAACACUAGCUUAGGGCCAGUUGCAUCAACCAAAUUUGACAGACACAUCAUCGGCACGCAGCAGACGUAACUUCACAUACAACUGGCUCAGUCGGUAGUGACCCUGCCUGCUAAGCCGCGGUCCUGGGUUCGAAUCCCGGUAAGGGCAUUUAUUUGUGUGAUGAGCACAGAUAUUUGUUCCUGAGUCAUGGAUGUUUUCUAUGUAUAUAAUUAUGUAUUUAUCUAUUUAAGUAUGUAUAUCGUCGCUUAGCACCCAUAGUACAAGCUUUGCUUAGUUUGGGGCUAAGUUGAUCUGUGUAAGGUGUCCCCAAUAUUUAAUACGCUUUAACUGUGACGGGCGGUUUGAUGCAACCGGCUCUUAGUAAAACCACAAGUUCCAAAAUGGUUGUUGCCCAUGCCAACUAAAAUACCAGUUUAGGUGGUUGAUACAUUUCAUCACGCGUAUAACGUAAAAAAUAGUUUUUUUUUGCAUUAUGAAUAGUAAAAAUAGACAUAAGAAAGUAGAUAAUAAGAAAAUCGUGUCUUUAUGAAGACUUCAAGGUUUUCGAGGUUAAUAUGGUUAUUUGCUUAAUGCCAAAGUAACACGUAGGUAUCGGCCAUUUGUGGUAAAAUGAGUUAGACGCUGUUUUACUGCCAAAAGAUUACCUACUACACUGCAUGUUUUACCUAACCAUAUUAUCCUCGGAUAUUACCUAACUGUUUAGUGAAAAAUUACUUCAGUAUCAUUAAAUAUUAGGAAGUAGUAUUUUAUGCAACCGGCGUUUAAAGGAGGUCAAAAAAGGCGAGUGGCGUGGGUAACAAUUUGAGGCAAAGCCGAGAAUUGUUAACGAAGACUUCACGAGUAUUAUUUUACUCAGUUAAACACCGUUGCAUACAAUAUUUUUCUACGACUAUGCACUUUGUUUUUAAUAGUUUUAUAGAAUAACUUUCGUGAAAUUUACACUGUUUCCUGUAUUUUGACGCAGAGCUUUGCUCUGCCAGCGCUUGCGCCAGCUGCCCAAGGCCAUCCCCCGCCGAUUUCCCGCGCACGCCGCGCAGUUACUUUACAAUGCGUUGCCAUGGUUACAGAGCCAAACAAUGCGUUUUCAAUUUUUUCGUUACUGCGUGCGUGCGCGGGAAGUCAGCGGGGGCUGGCUUUGGGGAAUAGACUUUUAUGUAGGGUUUUAAAGAUCUAUGCACGACCCUGUAAAUAACAGUUCGGGAGUAGAAAAAAUAAGAUUAAAAUUCUCAAGAAGCAUAAUAUUAAUGUGCAUUUACGAUUCUAAAAUAAAUUAAUAACGUAUCUAAUUCAUGUUUUAACAUUAAUAACUAUUAGCAUUACAAAUUUGUGCCAAUAUUAUAGGUUGCUCCCUACGUUCUUGUUCCGUAGCUUAUCAAAUGAAAAUGUUUACACGCCAUAUAAGGUUUGUAUUAAUUAUAGGUCUUGUAAAUUGAGACGUAUAGGGAACCAAAUAUUCGAAAUAAUUAUUCGCAAGUGGCAAAGUUUCUUGCACGUAAGUAUCUUUAUCAUGCACUAUUUUUGUACAAUCCAAAGUAUUGUGUAGUGUAAUAGUCUGUUGCUUUAAGGAAAUUAAGAGAGUUUAAUCAAAUAUAAACAAAUAACAUACAUAUUCAUAAUAUAUAGUUCAGUAGUUUUGAUUGUUUAAAUUCUCCUACGUACUUAAAAGAACAGACUAUAGAUUAGAUCUUAAUUGUAAAUUGGUAGAUAUUACACCAUACCUACUAUUCUAGCUUACAGUUGACGACACGGUAUCGUAACUAUCGUAAGGAAUGCAUAUUCUACUUGGCAAAAUCAACCCAUUGUGACGUGAUCCGGCUGACCGUGCGGUCCCUCCCCGCUGAAACUGCCGCCCACCCGCUCACAGUUACCGCCUGUCAAAAACGCGACCAGUCGACCUGUCAUAUCUCA